GUAGGCAAGAAGACAUGAAUGAGUUCGCUGCAAGAAGUUUUCAAAUUGUCUUCGUCUAAAACGUUAUUCACAACUGAAUAUCAGGUUUUGGGAUUUCAAAAUGUUGUCAAAUGUGGAUACUAUACACAUAUCAGCAGUACUGGAGGACUGUGUAGAUCAGCUGGCAAUCCUGGGUCACAUCAUGCCACCAUCUUUGCAGGGGAAACAAGAGGCUGCACAAAUUGUUGAUGAUGAGCUAGGCCAAAUUUUACAGGAUCAGAGAGAUUUAGAAUCCAGAUAUGAAGUGCUUGUUAACCAUAGAGAUGACCCCCACACAAAUAACAAGAGUUUGUUAAAAGUACCGGAUGAUCUGCAACUACAUUCUGUGGCCAAGUCAUUACGAGAAAGUACAAAUGCACUGAACAGAAGUUUCAAACAGAACCCUUUGUCAAAUGACAGCCUGUCAAAAAUUCAAGCAGAUAGGAAAUUUCUGCAAGAUGUGAUGGAAGAGACGCUUGAGGAGAUUGUCACCCACAAGUCGUUUGACUCUCUUGUAAGAGCUGUUGAUACAGAGAAAGAAAAGAAAGCUGGGCUUCAACAAACUAUACUCAAGGAGGAAGAAAGUCGCAGACUUGUGAAAACUCUCCAAAGGCAACUGUUGGAGGUGAAAAAAGAAAAAGAAAGCGAAAUUCAGCAAAGAAAUGAGAUGAUAGCCCAUCUUAAAGAUCAGUUACAAGAAAUGAAGGCAAAAACCAGCAUGGAAGGAAAGUACAUCAAAAAAGACGCAGAGGUUCGCGUCAGCUGCACACAAAAAAGAUGCCAACAGGCGGAGGGCUCUUUGAAGGAAGAUCUCGAGACAUUACGUUACAAAAUAGACGAGGAAGCUCGAGUUAAUUCUGAAAUUGAAACUUAUCUACGGCAACAUCACCAGAUACUGGAUGAGAAAUUGGAAUACUGGAUGGAAAAAUACGAUCGGGAUGUGGAACAGAAACAACACGAGUUGGAUGUUUUAAAGGCAUCCAAGGCAAAUGAUCUCGCAAAGCUUCAGGAACUCACUCAGAAGUAUUCCGAAUAUGAGAAAGUUGUGAUCGAAGACCGCGUGGCUAAAGAACAAGCAAGACGGCAAGCAGAGCAAGAACUGGAAGAACUCAAAUCCGCCACCAAGAUACAGUCCUGGUGGAGGGGAACAAUGGUACGUAAACAAUUGGGACCUUACAGUAAGAAAAAGAAGAAGAAGGGAAAAAAAGGAAAGAAAUCUGGGAAAAAAGGAGGAAAAAAGAAAAAGAAAUAAUUCUGAGUAGAACAUAAAACCUUGUACAGUAGCGUCAACAACUGUUGUUGUAAAUUUGAGAAUAAAAAACCGAUUUUAACGAAA